AUGAGUGUCAAGAGUGUGGGAAAACUUUUUCCAGUAAGCACGCUCUCACUGGACAUCAGCGAAGUCACUGGAGCUGCCGGCCCGGAGAUGAGAAAUAUUCCCUCAGAAGGGACUGUGUCAUUUGAAGACGUGGUUGUGAACUUCACCUGGGAGGAGUGGCAGUGCCUGAGUGAAGCUCAGAGGACCCUGUACUGGGAUGUGAUGCUGGAGACCCGACGUCACCUGGUGUCCCUAGGGCAUUGUGUUAACGAUCCUGAGGAGAGGAUGUGGUCGGAGCAGGGAGUACAGCCGUGGACUGUGGACUAUCCCCCAAACCAGGACCUCUCAGAUGUCCAUACUGUGGAUCACCUGACUCACAACAGCCCUGCAAAUCAGGGCAGACAUGUGUGGCAAGUUCUUACCGCCAGCACCAAAAUACCAUCCAACGAGAGAACUGACUUAUGGGAAAAAAGCAAUUUGGACUCAAUUCUUUUUGUGAACCAUAGUAUCAAAAAUGGAAACAAUUCAGCAAUGAUGCCUGAGAACUUCACUAUACAUAGGACCAUGAUGAUCCCUGGUGAGCCUCAUGAAGAGCAUGCUGGAGAGAACGAGGAGGUCUUUAGUAGAAUGAGGGAACCCAUCAAGUAUCCUGAGCACCUUAAUCACCAGGUGAUUCAGAACUUUCAACAGCCUUUUGAAUUUCGUGAACAAGGAAAAGUCUUGAGCGAAGAAACAAUAUUUUCACCUAGAGGAGCCUUUCCGGAAGGGGCUGCCCGUAAAUGCAAUGAGUGCAGGGACACCAGUGAUGAGGCACCUUUCGAUGUCCGAGACAGAACCCAAGGAGGACAGACUCUCUGCAGUUGUAAUGAAAAGGGGAGAGCUGCGGAGAUGACUCCAGUGCAUUUGAAUCUUCCUAGGUAUGUUGAACACGAGCAGCAGGAAUGUUAUGAAAGUGGGGCCAGUCUCAGCAACACAUUUCACACCUAUCCGCAUGAGAGUACCCAGUUAGGACAGAAUAAUUUUGGAUAUAAGAGAUAUGGUGAAGUGGCCUCUAAAACCUCUGUUCUGACUGAACAUCAGAAAUCACAAGCAGACGAUCAACCUGAUGAGUGUGGGGGCACCUCUGAGAUUUCCUUACAGAGGGGAUACCAGAGAAAUCUCACUGCAGUGAAGUUGUUUGGCUCUAACGAUCAUGUGAAAACUUUCUCAUGCAAGACUGCCCUCACUGUACAUCCCCAAUCUCAAACGGGAGUGAAGCGCUACCCGUGUCUGGUAUGUAAGAAAACUUUCAGGCACAAAUCUGCUUUUAGUGUCCAUCAGAAAACUCAUACAAGGGAGAAACCCUAUGAAUGUCAGGCGUGCAGGAAAGUGUUCUCCUGUAAGUCAGUUCUUCUUCUACAUGAGAGGACUCACACUGGAGAGAAACCCUAUGAAUGUGAAGGGUGUGGAAAAUCUUUUUCCAGUAAGUCUUACCUCACUGUGCAUCAGCGAAUUCACAGUGGAGAGAAACCUUUUGAAUGUCAAGAGUGUAAGAUGACUUUCUCCUGGAAAUCAUCCCUCAGUCUCCAUCAGAGAAGUCACACUGGAGAGAAACCCUAUGAAUGUGAAGGGUGUGGGAAAGCUUUUUCCAGUAAGUAUUUCCUCAGUGAGCAUCAGAGAAUUCACACUGGAGAGAAGCCUUAUGAAUGUCAAGAGUGUGGGAAGACUUUCCGCCAGAAAUCAUCCCUCAGGAAACAUGAGAGAAGUCACACUGGAGAGAAGCCUUAUGAAUGUCAAGAGUGCAGGAAGACUUUCCACCAGAAAUCAUCCCUCACUGAACAUCAGAGAGUUCACACUGGUGAGAAACACUAUUAUUGCGAUGGGUGUGGGAAAGCUUUUUCUACUAAGGCACACCUCAUUAGACAUAAGAGAAGUCACACUGGAGAGAAACCCUAUGAUUGCAAAGAGUGUGGGAAAGCUUUUCCCAGUAAGUAUUAUCUCAGUGAGCAUCAGAAAAUUCACAGUGGAGAGAAGCGUUAUGAAUGUCAAGAGUGUAGGAAGACUUUCCAGUGGAAAUCAUCCCUCAGUCACCAUCAGAGAAGUCACACUGGAGAGAAACCCUAUUAUUGUGAAAAUUGUGGGAAAACUUUUUCUAGUAAGUCACACCUCAUUACUCAUCAGAGAAUUCACACUGGAGAGAAACCAUAUGAAUGUGAAGGGUGUGGGAAAGCUUUUUCCAGUAAGUCAUCCCUCUGUCACCAUCAGAGAAUUCACACUGGAGAGAAACUGUAUAAAUGUGAAGUGUGUGGGAAAGCUUUAUCCAGUAAGUCUUACCUCAGUGAGCAUCAGAGAAUUCACACUGGAGAGAAGCCUUUUGAAUGUCAAGAGUGUAGGAAGACUUUCCACUGGAAAAUAUCCCUCAGUAUCCAUCAGAGAAGUCACACUGGAGAGAAGCCUUAUGAAUGUGAAGAGUGUAGGAUGACUUUCCAGUGGAAAUCAUCCCUCAGUAACCAUCAAAGAAUUCACACUGGAGAGAAGCCUUAUGAGUGUCAAGUGUGCAGGAAGACUUUCCACCUGAAAUCAUUACUCACUGAACAUCAGAGACUUCACAUUGGUGAGAAACGCUAUGAUUGCAAAGAGUGUGGGAAAGCUUUUUCUGCUAAGGCACACCUCAUUAGACAUCAGAGAAGUCACACUGGAGAGAAACCCUAUGAUUGUGAAGAGUGUGGGAAAGCUUUUUCCAGUAAGUCAUCCCUCAGUCACCAUCAGAGAAGUCACACUGGAGAGAAACCCUACGAAUGUGAAGUGUGUGGGAAAGCUUUUUCCAGUAAGACUUACCUCAGUUACCAUCAGAGAAUUCACACUGGAGAGAAGCCUUAUGAAUGUCAAGAGUGUGGGAAGAUUUUCCAUUGGAAAUCAUCCCUCAGGAAACAUAAGAGAAGUCACACUGGAGAGAAGCCUUAUGAAUGUCAAGAGUGCAGGAAGACUUUCCACCGGAAAUCAUCCCUCACUGAACAUCAGAGACGUCACACUAGUGAGAAACGCUUUGAUUGCGAAGGGUGUGGGAAAGCUUUUUCUACUAAGUCACACCUAAUUAGACAUGAGAAGUCACACUGGAGAGAAACCCUAUGAUUGUGAAGAGUGUGGGAAAGCUUUUUCUAGUAAGCCACACC